CCCAAAGUGGACCUUGAUGAGUGGACGUCGUUCAUUGGUUCUGCGAGGCCGUUGACCCCAACCACCAGGGUCAGAUCGGGUCAGGUGCUGCUGCUACUGGAGGCAACACUUCCUGACAGAGAGGAUGAUGGGAAUGAUGACGCCUGUGAGGAGCUGCCCUUGUCACAGUCUGUUAGUUUAACCCGUCUGUCCGAGCCCCUGGCGUGGAGAUCAGGAGACCCCUAUGGCCUGCUGGUGUCCACUGAUGUGGAGGGUCUGGGUGUGUUAGGACUGGCCUUCAUGGACAGCAAGCUGAAACUGGACGACGGCAUGGAGGCUGUGCAAAUGAUCUCGGUUGACACCUCCGGGAGCUCACAGGAUCUCCUCUCUUUGUAUUCACGUAAACUCAACUCACCAGGCCAAAACAGCAGCAGUGAUAAUGAUAAGGAUUUAGGAGGGUCUUUUCGUUUAGAGCUGCCAAAGCAUCAACAGGUGCACGAGGGAAGUACAGAGGUCAAAGUUGAAGCAUUGGGCGGGGAUACAACCAAAGUCCGAAGUAUAACCUGCUUAGGAGAAGCCAAGGACGGAAGUGCACAGGGCACAGAGGACGCCAUGAGUGGAGAAUUUGAUGAACAGGACUCCCCAGAAAUGUUGACAAAACUUCAUCAGGCCAAGCCUCCAAAUAUUUUGGUAUACACGGGGCUCAAGGACACAGAAGCUGAACGCGGGAAGUUUGACCAGGUGAAAGAGGCUUUGGAGCAGUGCCUUGGACCUGACCAUUACAUCAUCUAUAGGUUAAAACACGACCAUGUACUGAGUCAACCCUGGGCUGAGAACACCAGCCUGCUUGUAGCAGCAACACAGGAGGAGCUCGAGGAUUCAGUGAACCAAAAGUUUGAGAACUUUGUCGAGGAUGGGGGCCGACUCCUCAGCUUCUGCUCCCAUUUUAACAUGGGGCUGGAUGUUCAGCCGUUACCGUUCCUGUCCGCAGAAGUCGGUGUGCACAGUAUGGUGUACCGCCCCCUGCAGGGCUCUGUAACGGAACUCAAGGUGUACGUAACGGGACUGUGCUACACACAGAGGCUGAAGGCACACCAGGGCAGCACAGCAUUCAAAGUUAUCGGGUCCAUGAAGAGUGGGAACCAGCCGGUGAUUCUGCAUGCCUAUGCAGGGUACAAGGGUGGAAGGGCCAUUCUGUCACAGGUACAUCUAGAGAUGAGUCCCACUGAGGAUGAGGUAAGAGGUACAGAGAUGUUCACACAGCUGAAGAAGUCCAACCCACAGAGGCACCAGGUGCUACAGGACAUCCUCACUACCCUGGGCAUGACUUGUUCCCGGGGUACCCAGACAACCCUCACCUCUGCGCACCUACUGGUGGUGGAGGAUGCCUUACAAGACACAGUUGUCCAAUCCAUCUCCUCCCAUCUUGAUGAGACAAAUGCCCUGAGAGGGGGCAAAGUCAGCCUGGUGUUUGUGGAUGAUGCAGAGCCCACCCCUGCAACUCCAGAGGAACUGCCAGUUCUUAUAGGGGGCGCUGCUGACAGUUUCAACUGGCAGGUGUACCAGGACAACCUGAAGACAAGGACUCUGGGAAAGGUCGUCCUCUACACAGAGGUCAUACCAACCACAAUGACAGUACUGGACAGAUUGUCCAGUUGUGUUCCAGAGGAUGCAGGGUUGAUAGCAAUUGCUCACAGACAGACCAGCGGCCAAGGGCGAGGAGGGAACGUUUGGCUGAGUCCCCUGGGCUGCGCCAUGUUCACCCUCCAUGUGAGGAUCCCCCUCCAGUCUGAGCUGGGACACAGGCUGCCCUUCAUACAGCACAUCAUGGCUCUGGCUGUGGUGGACAGCGUCAGGACACUGCCUGGCUAUCAGGAUAUAGACCUGCGGCUAAAGUGGCCGAAUGACAUCUACUAUGGGGACAGUAUGAAGCUGGGCGGAGUCAUUGUCAACUCAAGCAUCAUGGGAAACAGUUGCAGUGCUUUUAUUGGAUGUGGCUUUAAUGUGAGUAACAGUAACCCAACCAUCUGCAUCAAUGACCUGGUGAAACAACACAACAAACUGCACAACACAGACCUCCCCGACUUCACCACAGAGGAGCUCAUCGCUCGGGCAGUAACCAUCGCGGAGGAAAUCGUACAAGACUUCCAAGAGAACGGCAGUGAUGCCUUCCUACAGAGAUACUAUAACAGAUGGCUUCACAGUGACCAGCAGGUGCACCUGAGCAGUGAGGAGGGUCCGCAGGCCACCAUCCUGGGUCUGGACGACUCGGGGUUCCUGUCUGUGGUGAAGGACGGGGGAGAGAUCAUCAGUGUGCAGCCUGAUGGGAAUACCUUUGACAUGCUCAGGAACCUCAUCACCAUCAAAACUUAACAACAAACAAUCUUCCGUUUGUUUGUUUGUUUGUCUCGGGGUUCCUGUCUGUGGUGAAGGACGGGGGAGAGAUCAUCAGUGUGCAGCCUGACGGGAACUCCUUUGACAUGCUCAGGAACCUCAUCACCAUCAAAACUUAACAACAAACAAUCUUCCGUUUGUUUGUUUGUUUGUCUCUGGGUUCCUGUCUGUGGUGAAGGACGGGGGAGAGAUCAUCAGUGUGCAGCCUGACGGGAACUCCUUUGACAUGCUCAGGAACCUCAUCACCAUCAAAACUUAAGAACAAACAAAUACAUGCUUUUUUAUAGUCCUGGUUAAAAACUUACUGAUGAAGAUUUGAAGUCACACCUUGAUACAACAACAUAAGAUGUGUUAUCUGGGAAGACGUACACAUAAACCAAAGCCUUAAGCCUAAAGCUUGCUCUGUACAGUCUCCUGGCUUCCUCGAUUUGAACCCGGGCCGCCAGAUCACAUACGCAACGCGGUUCACCAUUACGCCAAAAGCUCAGAGCCUUUGGCGUGGUCAGUUUGGCGGUGCUUCACAGCCACUGUUACACUAUUUUACAUAAGAUAAAAUUUGAUGCAUCUCAUCUGCUGUAUGUGCAGCUGUAAGCCACAGGAUACAGUUCCCAACAAGGAAUUGACUCAAGACUUCAUCACAUUUGAUUGCAUGAAGAUUUUAAAUGCUUAUAUGAGUAAAAGUGAGUAAUGAUAUUCAAUGGAUUUCAUGAGUUCAGUACAUCUGGGCUUUGGUGCUGAGGAUACACAGCCUCUCUUGAUGCUUACACAUUGAUGGUUAUGGACUUAAUUCUCAACAUGUGUGUUUUGCAGGGAGAGUGCCUAGGCACAUGAUACUGAACUA